UUCCCCCUGGUUGCUCCGGCUCCUGCCAGGCGGAAGUUGGAACGAGCAGUUCAAGUUCAAGCCUUGUUUCUGUGCAUGAUUUUUCCUCAGGAACCGGCCAGGAAGGAGCUCCAGAGAUGGCCCAGGAUUCCCAGUGCCAGAAUUCCCACCUCUAUUACUACAGCAUCAAAUUUGCCCUCUCCACCUACUCCACGCUCUUCUCGAUCCUGGGCCUGGUGAUCCUGUGCAUUGGGAUUUAUGCUGAGGUGGAGAGGCAGAAGCACAAGACCCUGGAAGGGAUUUUCCUGGCUCCAGCUGUGAUCCUGCUUCUGCUGGGAGUCACCAUGUUCGUGGUGUCCUUUGUGGGAAUGGUGGGGAGCCUCCGGGACAACCGGACACUGCUGAAGACGUUCUUCUGGGUCCUCCUGGUGAUCUUCCUCACAGAGCUGCUGCUGCUGUUCAUCGAAAUCAUCUUUGAGAACAAGAUGAACGAGGUUUUCCACUCCAACAUCCAGGAGGGCAUCAGGCACUACUACGAUGACCUGGACUUCAAGAACAUCCUGGAUUUUGUGCAGCAAAAGUGGUUUGCUGCUACAAGGGGAAGAGCAAAGUCUGAUUUGAACUUCAAAGAGCUGCCAGAGCUUCAGUUCUUGCCCAAAACUCAAAGUAAAGCUCAGAGAGUGACACAGGUGGGAUUAAAAACAGAGGAAUUAGAGGCCCCUGGGGAGGUCGUGAACACCCUCUGUGGGUACAGGACACUCGACAAAGAGCGCUUGGAGCUGCUCAGCAUCAUCCAUGUCCGGGGUUGUAUCCACGCUGUGGGGCUCUGGCUCAAGGACAACUUCGAGGCCACUUUGGGCAUUGUUUGCUCCCUGCUGCUCCCACAGGUGGUGGGGCUGGUGAUGGCCUGGCUCUACUGGCAGAAGCUCAAUGAGAUCUACUCCAAGCUGGACACCGUGGACUUCAGGAUCCUGGAGCUGCGGGAUCUCAGCUUCGGGGCUGUGGAUCUGAGCGGCGCCGGCUGGUGCUGGUGCCUGCCCAGGGAAGGGGGGUACAUCCCUGUCAACCCUGGGGACGAGGAGGAAGAGGAGCAGGAGGGAGGCAGCACAUCCCGCAGCAAAGUGUGAGGAGCUGGAGGACUCAGAAAGCUCCGGGGGAGGCAGCGGGUGUCGAGCGUGGAAAUGACGCGAUUUAUCUUCUCAGGUUCUGGAGGUGCUCUGGGGAGAACGGAGCACUGGAAGGUUCAAAAACCUACCAUGUGGGCACAGGAGCUCCCCAGGGUCCUCCUGCUUGGCCUUUUGAAGUGUUUGUGCAGCUCCUGCUUGGGGU